AUGGACGGUAAGAAGAAGAAACAACUCUCCGGCGCGCAGAAGAGGAAGAAGAAAAGGGAGAAAGAAGAGGCUGUGAAGGAAGCCGUGGCAGAUAUAGAGCGUUUAAAACUUGGGCCGACGAAGUUGUGGACGGGAUUGGUGACGCAUCAUAAGGAUGUUUUUGUAUCGCAUGUCUUGUCAAAAUUGAAUAGGACAGAUCGAUAUUUCUUUUCGAAGGUGAGUAGAGAGAGUUGGGGUGUGCUUAAGUACGCCGGGGUAAACGUAUCGGGAUUAGGUGCGAGUGUUCACGAAUGUUCAUCCAUUUCGACGCUGGAAUUGAUGUGGAAUAACAUGCCCUGGGGAAAGAAAGAUAAGAGAGGAAGAGUGAUGGAUCAAGUCUGGUUUUGUCUUGAAGUUGCUGGAACGAACAAACUCGAGUUCCUCAAGUGGGCGAGAGAAGUGAAACAGUGCGAGUGGGAUAAAUGGACGAUGAAUGUGGCAGCACGUACAGGAAAUCUCGAGAUACUGAAGUACUGCAUCUCUAACCAUUGCCCGUGUGAUGAAGAAGCUUCGUGUAAAUAUGCUGCUCUUGGAGGACACCUCGACUGUGUUCGAUUUCUUUUCGACAAAGUGAAACCUUCGCGAGAUACGGAACUGGAAGCGGCACUACAAGCAGCAUGCGGUGGUCACGUGGACAUCUUGAAAUAUCUUGUUGAAGAAAGAACGAUAUCUGGGGAGGUAAAGAGUACGUGCGUGUCCAACGCUGCAAGGUAUGGCCGCCUCGAUUGCAUCAAAUACUUAGUCGAAGAGGCGAAAGUGCCUCUUAACGACUGGGGAUACGUCGCUUCCGCUCGUUACAUCAAGCACCCCGACUGCGUAAACUACUUGCUCGAAAAAGGGUGCCAGGAACCAACGGACGAACAAUACGCGCGAAUCACCGCGUUCUGGGACAACCAAAAGAAGCAAAACCCAUCAUCACAGCAUCACAACGACGCCUAA